AUGGCGGACGAACAUGAUCAAAUACUUUCCACUGAGGCGGAGGACAAACUCUUAACCGUUGAAACGGACCCUAAAGAAAAGACUCCAACUGAUGUCCACCCGGAUCCCAUGUUUAGUAUGAUGCAAAAUAUAAACAGAAACCUCGGAGCAAUGGCAGACUCGAUGAUCGCCGUGCAGCAGUCGUUGAAGCGUCUUCACUCCAGCCACACAGACGAACAAAUCGACCCUAAACGGCGUAAACACUGUUCCAGAGACGAAAUGAGUGCCUCCGAUGGUUCAGAGCACGAUGGAGAAGACUCUGAUGCAGACUUGCAGGUCCUUUGUGGCACUGAAGCCGACGGAAUUUCCAAGGAUAAACCAUGUGCUCCACUUGAGCAAAAUGAUGGCAGCAAUGACCCAUUGUUGUCAGAAAUCGCAGAGGAUUUUCUCAAUGCAGACGACUCAGGUCCGGCUAUUAAGAAACAACUGGCGGAAUUUAUCAACAACCUGUGG